GUUGUCGCUUCUGUGGCCCGGCGCGGCCUGGCCUCGUCUCCGCCAUGAUGAUGAUGGCGCUGAGCAAGACCUUCGGGCAGAAGCCCGUCAAGUUCCAGCUGGAAGAGGACGGCGAGUUCUACAUGAUCGGCUCGGAGGUGGGCAACUACUUGCGCAUGUUCCGCGGCUCGCUGUACAAGCGCUACCCGUCGCUCUGGAGGCGCCUGGCCACGGUGGAGGAGCGCAAGAAGAUCGUCGCCUCGUCCCAUGAGUCUCAGCGGAGCCACAGUCCCAGGAGAUAUCACGGUUAUACUACACUAGCCACUAGUGUGACUCUUUUGAAAGCCUCUGAAGUAGAAGAGAUCUUGGACGGAAACGAUGAGAAGUACAAAGCUGUCUCCAUCAGUACUGAGCCCCCCACCUACCUUAGAGAACAGAAGGCAAAAAGAAACAGCCAGUGGGUUCCAACCCUCCCAAAUAGCUCCCAUCAUCUUGAUGCUGUGCCAUGUUCAACAACCAUUAACAGAAACCGGAUGGGCAGAGAUAAGAAGAGAACUUUUCCACUCUGCUUUGAUGACCAUGACCCAGCUGUAAUCCACGAGAAUGCCUCUCAGCCAGAAGUGCUGGUUCCGAUCCGAUUGGACAUGGAAAUAGAUGGGCAGAAACUGAGAGAUGCUUUUACAUGGAAUAUGAAUGAAAAACUAAUGACUCCAGAAAUGUUUUCAGAAAUUCUCUGUGAUGAUCUGGAUUUGAAUCCCCUGACCUUUGUCCCUGCUAUUGCAUCAGCAAUUCGACAGCAGAUUGAAUCUUAUCCUACAGACAGUAUCCUGGAGGACCAAUCAGAUCAGCGUGUCAUUAUUAAGCUCAACAUCCAUGUGGGGAACAUCUCCCUGGUGGACCAGUUUGAAUGGGACAUGUCUGAGAAGGAGAAUUCCCCUGAGAAAUUUGCCCUGAAGCUGUGCUCGGAGCUUGGGUUGGGCGGCGAGUUUGUCACCACCAUUGCUUACAGCAUCCGAGGACAGCUGAGCUGGCAUCAGAAGACAUAUGCAUUCAGUGAGAAUCCUCUGCCAACAGUGGAGAUUGCCAUUCGUAACACUGGGGAUGCUGACCAGUGGUGCCCUCUACUUGAAACCCUGACAGAUGCAGAGAUGGAGAAGAAAAUCCGAGACCAAGACAGAAACACAAGGCGCAUGAGGCGUUUGGCCAAUACAGCUCCAGCCUGGUAACCCUCCUGAAGCGGCAAGGAUGUUCACUGUCUCCCUGAAGGACUGAGCAGGGUACAAGCAUUUGUCUCGCUUUAUUUCCCUAUCCUGAGACUGGCAGUACUUACCUUGCCUAGCCCAGCAGACCAGAGGGUUGGUGACAUCCACCUCCUCCACCACGUGGCUACCUGUCGAGCAAGGAGUCUAGUAAAGACUUGUGGCAGCUGUCUGAGCCCUUAACACUCUCCCCCUCAGGACAACUUUUUAAAUAAAAGAAACAAGUAAUAUUUUGACUUCCA